AAUCAAAUCAAUUAAAUUGCUUUUACCUGUCCAAUGAAGAGCGAAAGUAUCAAAGACCGCCCAAACUCCAAAUUUGUUUACAGUCUACGGAAAUCAUAAUCUUCAAUCUCCAAACUUUUUCCCCUCUCAUCUGACUCACAAACUCCAUUUCUAGGGUUUCUCCUUCACUUUCAGCUCGAUUCAAUCCAAUUUCUCCGUCAACAAUGGGGGAAGAAGAUCAAUCACAGUCACAAAAGGCGGUUUCCUUAGGGCAACGACUUAUUCCUGUGGUGAACAAGCUUCAAGACAUAUGUUCUCAAUCAGGAGUUUCAAUUCCGAUUCAUUUGCCGCAAGUUGCGGUUGUCGGAAGCCAAAGUAGUGGAAAAUCAAGCGUAAUUGAAGCUCUUGUUGGUCGCGAUUUUCUUCCGAGAGGCCCUGAUGUUGUUACUCGAAGACCUCUUCUUUUGCAGCUUAAUCAAGCAAAGGUUAUUAAUGGAGGUGAUGGUGAUGAGGUUGAGUAUGGUGAAUUUCUGCAUUUGCCUGGCAAGAAGUUCUAUGAUUUCUCUCAAAUUCGUAAUGAAAUUCAGGCUGAGACAGAAAGGGAAGCAGGAGCCAAUAGGGGUAUCUCAGAGAAGACAAUCUCUUUGAAAAUUUACUCUCCCAAUGUUCUUGAUAUUACUUUGAUAGAUUUACCUGGGAUAACAAGAGUUCCGGUCGGUGACCAGCCCUCAGAUAUUGAAGCACGAAUCCGCACGAUGAUAAUGAAAUAUAUACGUCAUCCUAGCUGUCUGAUAUUAGCUGUUACCCCAGCAAACUCCGAUUUAGCUAAUUCUGAUGCUCUUCAGAUAGCUGGAAAUGCAGACCCUGAUGGAAAACGGACUAUCGGUGUGAUUACAAAGUUGGAUAUCAUGGAUAGGGGUACUGAUGCUCACAAUUUGUUACUUGGGAAAGUAAUUCCUCUCCAGCUUGGUUAUGUAGGAGUGGUUAACCGCAGCCAAGAGGACAUUAUGCACAACCGCAGUAUAAAGGAUGCUCUAGCAGCUGAAGAGAGAUUUUUCCACACACACCCUGUGUAUAUAAAGCUAGCUGAUCGUUGUGGUAUCCCACAAUUGGCAAAGAAGUUGAACCAGAUUUUAGUCCAACAUAUCAGAGAAUGUCUCCCAGCGUUAAGGUCAGCGAUAAGCUCACAGUUGGUCUCUGUGACGAAGGAAUAUGCAAGCUAUGGAGAGAUUCCUGAAUCAAAAGCUGGCCAAGGAACUCUCCUGCUAAAUAUCCUGUCAAAAUACUCUGAAGCGUUUUGCUCUUUGGUGGAGGGGAAAAGUGAAGGAAUUUCAAUUUCUGAGCUGUCUGGAGGUGCACGAGUUCAUUAUAUUUUCCAGUCUAUCUUUGUGAAGAGCCUGGAGGAGGUUGAUCCAUGUGAUGGAUUGUCAGACGAAGACGUGCGAACUGUUAUUCAGAAUGCUCGGGGUCCAAGAUCUGCUGUUUUUGCUGCCGAGGUUCCUUUUGAAGUUCUUGUUCGAAGACAAAUAGAUCGCUUAUUAGCCCCUAGCCUUCAGUGUGCACAGUUUAUAUAUGAUGAAUUAGUGAAGAUGAGCCACUCUUGCAUGGUUAAUGAGCUGCACCGUUACCCUGUCCUCAGAAAGCGGAUUGAUGAAGUUGUUGGCAGAUUUUUGCGGGAAAAUCUUGGUCCUGCAACGAGCAUUAUUGGACACAUCAUUGAGAUGGAGACGGACUACAUAAACACUUCCCAUCCGAACUUCAUUGGAGGAAACAGAGCUCUAGAAAUGGCACAGCAGCAAAUUCGGUCGUCAAUGGUUAUUGUUCCAGUGUCUAGGCAAAGGGAUAGUGGUGAAUCUGAUAUGACACAGACAUCUGAGAGGAGUUCAAGAUCUAGAGCAAUUGUCAGGUCCCCAGCAAAUGGAUUUAUUAAACCACCAGCGAACGGGGCAAUCUCUGAACAGGGAGCUCGAGCAAAUGCAGAAGCAGAUAGAAAUCGACCUGCUGCUAGUUCCAUCUGGGGCAUUUCAUCCAUCUUCAGUGGGACUGAGAACCAUUCUUCGAUUCGUGACGCUCCUCGAAACAAUGUACAAAAGGAACCAACAUACAACAUUGACCAUGCCUCUCCUAGCAUUCAUCUGCAAGAGCCACCUACAACUUUGAGAUCAUCGGAGACCUUUUCAGAGCAGGAAGCUACUGAAAUUGCUGCUACUAAACUACUAUUAUCAUCUUACUUUGAUAUAGUGAGAAAAAUUAUCGAGGAUUCAGUGCCCAAGGCUAUCAUGCACUUUUUGGUCAACCAUACAAAACGUGAACUGCACAAUGUUCUUAUUCAAAAACUAUACAGAGAGAAUCUAUUUGAAGAGAUGCUGCAGGAACCUGGAGAAGUGGCAGCUAAGAGAAAACACGCACGAGAGACUCUCCGAGUUCUUCAACAGGCUUUUCAGACGCUGGACGAAUUGCCUCUUGAAGCUGAGACAAUUGAAAGAGGAUACGGCUUGGGCACUGACUCAAUUGGAUUACCAAGAACUCAUGGUCUACCUCAUGCAUCCUCAUAUAACAUGAAUAUGUUUUAAAGUUAAAAGUUUGUGUGAUGAAUCGGAGAUUCAAAUCUAUAGUUCCCGCAUGACUGGCUGUUCUCAGUGCUCAUACAUGCGGUGGAGUUUUGUGCAAAUCAUUCAAUUAUAUGAACAGAAGAUUAUCCUUCAUUUCAAACACGAGGUUUGAUUAGUAACACAUUACUUCCGUCGUAUCCAAGGUCCUGGUAUAUAUUGAUUCUUUGUUUACCAUUUGUAAAUGGAAUGGGAAAUAAGUUGUAAAGUUGAGCAAUAAUCUGUUUUAUAACUGGAUUUGUUUUCUGUGCUCCUUUCAUUUUUGUUAUAAUAGGAGCAUGAGUUUCAACUUCUUCCUGUUCGGGGCUAGCACAGAUAACAUUCAGAAUUCUAUAUUCAUAAUUGUUAAUCGAAAUCAUCUGUAUUUUAUGUAUCCAGAAUUAUGUAUACCAUAAAUUUUUCAAUAUUUCAAUAUCUUCACUUUA